AGUCCUGUCUCGGGUCAAUCGCGACGAAUACAACGCGGUUACGGACUACGGUGUGAGAGUUGAGUGUUGAAAAAAUUUAGUGGAAAAAUCUUUUAUUAAGUAAUUUAAACUCUAGGUUUGUUUCAAAGAACAAAAAAAACAUGAUGCGGGCUUUAGUGGGAGCAAAAAGUACAUUAAAUUUAUCUAUGAGACUUCUAAAUGCUGUCCAGGCACGAUAUACAAAUAAUAAAAAUAAUGGAGCAAUCAUGCUGUGCCGCCGAAGUUACGCAAAUCUACCAAAGAAUCAAGAAAUACGCCCGAUAGCCAACGGAGAACCGGAAAGCGACAGCCUCGAACCGCCGAUUGACGUGGAAAAGAAGCGUAAGAUCCUCGAACUAGAGAUGGAAGUAAUGCGGCAGGAGGGACGGAAAGUACCUACACCGGCAAAGAUAAAAGAGAAAAAUUGGGAGCAUUUGUUAACACUGCAAUCACGAAACCAGCGUCGCCACUAUUAUCUGUACCUGUGGAACAUUGAGAUGGCCAAAGAGAAUGAGCGUAUUAAAAAGGAGCAGAAGCGGAUAGACAUCGCUAAGCGAAAGGAAGAACAAAUACUGGCCAAUGCAGAGAACGAUCACAUCAUCUAUGGGCUGUUUCACAAUACGAUGUUCCUACGGGUGUACGAUUCAACCAUGGAUCAUUGGAAUAAUAAUAGAUUGGUUCAAGCGAUGCAGUUCGGGCAAAAUCUCGUGAUAGAUUGUUCCUACGAUGAGUACAUGAACGAAAAAGAGAUGAGCAACACGGCCAAACAGCUGACGCUUUGCUUUGCUUUAAAUCGUGCGCAUAACGAACCAUUCAAUGUGCAUCACUGCAAUGUAAAUUAUCAGAAAACGACCAUGAUAAACCUGCAGAAAAAUUUGGUGCAAAUUCGCGACCCAUCAUUCCCUUUCAAUAUAACAGAUAAGAGCUAUCUGGACUUGUUUCCCAAAGAACGGUUGGUAUAUUUGACGCCCCACUGUAAGAACGAUCUGGAGGAGUUCAAUCCGGACGAUAUCUACAUCGUGGGUGCCAUGGUGGACAAGUCGUCCCAGGAGGCAGUGUCACUGGGAAAGGCCAAAAAACAGGGCUUGAGAAUGGCACGGCUGCCGCUGGAUCGGUACUUUCAAUUCAAGAGUGGUAAAUCGUUGACCAUCGACCAGAUGCUGCAGAUAUUGCUGGAGCUGAAAACGUCGAAUGAUUUCGAGAAGGCACUGCAGUACGUUCCGAAGCGAAAAAUUGUGCCGAUGGACGAGCAGCAGUUGGAGCUGCAGACGCGACUCAAAGAGCGGAAACUGAUGGGGAAGUUCAAAUAUAGCAUGGGCAGUUUUUCGGAUCGGAGCUACAAAAAGCGAUGAGUUACCAGUGCAUCUGCAUUGGGGGUGAUACUGUUUAGUCCUAAUGUAUUUAGGAUGCUUAAUUGAUGUAAGAGAACACUAGAAUAAAGUAAUAAACAGAACGAA